AUGAACAAAAAAGUAACAAACUGGGAUAUAGAUAACAUAAGAAGACCGAGAGCCAGACCAAUAGAGCGGCAGCCAAGGGAGAUUUGGUCAAACGAACGUGGCCUAUCAGACGCCCAAAACGGGCCUAAAAAAAUGGGCUGGUUCAAACAUUAUUGGUACUACCUGAAACAAAGUUUUUAUUCUUCAGCACAGCUGAGAGAGUAUAUAUGGCAGGCCCUGCUUACCAAAAUAACCCCAAAAAGCCCGCAGUCCAUGGCUGCGUCCCGAGAUCAGUCUCGAAUCACGCCCAACGGAACAGUGCGGCCGACCCGGGUCAACCCUCACGACCCCUCACUCCGGGUGCGCGCCCAGCAUCGCGUGAUCACUCGAACGAUGUCCAGGCAACAUGGUAUUUUCCACUGUGGCCAUGCCCCCGAGUCAACGACAGCGUGUGCAAUUGUCUCGGGAAUCCCAAAGGGCCGUUGGCAACCGGUCCGCAAUGAUCUGAUGCCUCAGAUUGCCUUGCGGAGUGCGGGAGGGCGGCGGCGCGCGACUCGUGAGGCGGGUUCCGAGUGUCUAGUAUCUACUGGAAGUUUCGGCCAAGUGUUGAACAAUUACCCCAUGGCGACUUCAAAUUCCACAGGAAGCUCAUUCUCUGUAGCAACAAAUGGCCUUCUCGAGAAUGAAGAGAACAGCAUUCAGCACCGUUUAUUUCAGCUUACUUUGGUACCAUCCCUGCAACCUCUUAAGUACAUAGUGGCACAAAUGGUAAAAGGGAAAGAUCCAAAGGAAAAUCCUAUUGAGUACUUUGGCAGAAUAAACCCUAAAAAUGUAAAAUUUACUAAGACUCAGAGGGAUAUUAUUUCAUCUGACCCUUCAUGUGGGUCUUAUGACAUCACUCUCUGCUUUAAAAUAAUACAAGAAUACUGUGACAAAGUAAAACCACAAAAUGAUCCAGCUUGGACAACUCCAGGUGACACCUUGGAGUAUUAUAUUAAAGAAAUUAAGAAUAAGAGAAAUGAUUUCAUACAUGAAGUUUACAGAGGUGACAAAACAAAGUUCUACACGAUCGUUCAUGAUAUGAAAUGCCUCCUUACAAAGACAUGGGUGAAAAUUGCUCAAACAUUUGGAACUGACAUUUUGGCGAAUAUCUUGAUUAUGAAAACAGAUAUCGAAAAGAUUAAAGAUGCACCUUUUGAAGGCAGUCGUGUUUACCUAAGUGAACUGCAAGCCACAAUGCUCAGCCAUGGUGUUGCAAGCAUGAAAAAGAAAUAUGUUGAAAUUCUUUCUUCUAUUCCAGAUGUACAUUUCCAAGAUACGUAUAAAAACUUGGGAGCUCGUAGUGAGGUCAAGGUCUUGGAAGUUUUCACGGAAAUGCAGAUAGUAAAUAAAGAAAGAAGGGAGGAAGUAACCAUGGAUGAAUGGCUCACCGAACUAGAGAAAAUACAUGCCAUGCAAAAUAAAAGGAGUCGAUUCCUGCUCGUGGAAGGGGUGGCUGGUGUUGGCAAAACAACUCUCAUUAGGAAACUAGUGCUUGACUGGGCGUCCGGGAACAGCACAAUACCAGGUCUGGACGAUUUUCAACUACUAAUAUAUAUGCAGUUUAGAGAUCAACAUAUUAAUUCCAUGUCCCUAUUGUGUACUUAUGUUAUGCCAUACAUGAAAGAAAUAGUAGAUCCAGAAUAUUUAAUGAUGUUAACUGAAGGCAGUAACAUCAUAUUCGUAUGUGAUGGUCUUGAUGAAAAUAAUCCUCUGUCAAUACAACUGUUCAAAGAGAUCCUCGAUUAUGGAGCAAACACCCCACUGACUGUAGUGUGUACCACACGCCCACAAGAAAUUGAUAAUCUGCUGUUCAUGUUGCCUGAUCAGUUCUCUUGUUUACACCUUCAGGUGUUAGGAAUUCCUGAAACAAAAAGGCCCUCUUUCAUAAAAAGGUAUAUGGAAGCCCAAAAGCCAGAUACAGAUCCUCAGUCUUUACUUGAUUACCUGAACAGAACAUCAACUCGUGUGCAAGAAUAUUUAAGAUUUCCUUAUAACCUCAUGUGCCUUGUAAUGCUUUGGAUCCAUAAUCCAGAAAGGAUCAACAGCUUGACAACCGCAACAGAGUUGUUCAUGGAAACACUUAAAGAAACACAAAAAAAGCUACAGACCAGGCUGUGGACCCUUGCAAAGGGUCCACAGUUGAGUGAAUUGCCCAAGAGCAUGGAUGACAUUAUGGAUACACUCUAUGACAUGGCUCUCGUUCAUCAUGGAUCAGGUGACAUUAUUCUGACAGAGGAUUCAGUACAGUUACUAAAGAACGAAUGUUCUCGGUUGAAUCUCGCUUGGAAUGAAAUAAGUAGUGCCUUCUUUAUUCAAAAUAUUACAUCAGUUAAGGAAGAAACUUCUUACAGCUUUCCACACAACGGCUUGCAGGACUUUUAUGCAGCUAUGAGCAUUCUGAAGAAAGUCGAGGAUCAUACUGUUGACAUAAAGAAGACAACAACAGAUGUAAGGGCAGUCCUUUUAUGUAAUCACUGUUCCCAGGAUCAAAUCAGCUUCAUUCUUGAAAAAGUGAAUGAGGUACUGGACUCCCCUAUGCCAACCAGAAGCCUCGGCAGUAUCUUUCAAGAAAUAGCAAAAGAGGACCGGCCAGAUUUUAGAACUGAUCUCAUUAGACGAUCACGGAAUAUUCUCACACAUCUCACUGGUAUUCUCCAUUAUAGAAAUACGGCUUUCACAGAGGAGAGAGCAGAGGAGUUAUUUCUACUGCUCAAAGAGUCAGGAAUUCAAGAUACAGAGCACUGGCUGGAUCUCUUGGAGCUGACCAGAUUUGACAAAGAACUCUGUAGACUGAUAGCCCAGCAAAUUUCGGUUGGAAAAAGCCUGACGGUCACAGAUUCCCGCACAGGAGCCUAUACAUCAUUGCUACCUUGUAUCAAAAAGAAAAAUGUAAAUAUACGUAUAUUUAUUGAACGUGAGCCUAAGGAAGUUGUACAUCUAGAGGAACUUCUACGCCGUGUCCAGGAGAAGCAAUGGAUGUUAAGAUUGCUCCUCCAGCAUGAGUUCAGGCUGCCAAAGCCUGGAGGAAGCAGCUUGGACGGGGCUCUGAAACAACUAAGAUGUUCGAUGUACAGAUUCCAAGGCCAAGUGAGCCUGGCCUUGUUGGAGACACUGUCCAAUACGCUAAGAGAUCUGCAUUUAUCUGUGGCUGACACUGAACAGUAUUUGGCUUUGUCCCAUUAUCUGUCAGCAGCGACGAGUCAUCUUCCACUUUUGGAAAAUUUUAGAAUGCAUAUACCUGCAUGCACAGUGGACACGGAGUUACUUCAGCCACUCCCAAAAGGUCUGACUUUGCAGCUGAUAAUUUCCAAAGUGGAUGGCGACGCGCUGACCUGGGCGUGUCGAGCAGCUUCCGCGCUUCAGCCUGAGGGGAGACGGUAUCAGUUCCUGGCCGUAUCCGGCGCUGGCAGCAGCGCCCAGGUGUGCGGCCGCCUGCUGGAGGGCCUGGCCCGCGGCGGCGUGCGGAUGGCGGAGGACGCGUACCUCGUGGUGGCGCCCAAGCUGGCCAGGGCGGACCUGGCUCGGCUGCAGGCGGGCUUCGAGGGCCGGUUCGGCUGUCGGUUCCGAGCUUGGAGAGGGAGUUCCAUCUGGACUUAUAAAUGCUAAUAGGAGCUCCAGUCUUGCCUCAGAGAUCAUGCUUCAUUUCUAAUUGACACAUUAUUUCUGAGAGAAGAGGAAAACCUACACAUUGGUCACGCCAGAAGAUCAAAUUAUUGAUGAAGUGAAAAUUGCUAUAAAAAAGAGUUCCUUUGUCAAAAGUUAAGAGAAUGAAAGCGGUUCUCCAGUGAGAAUCUUGGAAGCUAUCUGCAGACUGAUUUACAAACUGAUGAGACCUAAAGUGUCAGAUCUUGAUAUAAAGAUAAAACAAAUCAAAAUGUUUUGGAAAGAAUGUCACACUAGCAUUAGAAGGCCCACUUCUUGUGCCAGUGUGGCAAUAUGCAUGGCAGUAUACUCUUGUUAAUUUCUUAUAGCUUAGAAAAUGCUCAAUGCAAUUGUUAAAAUAUUUCUUUUGUGAGGCAUUUUGAGUGAUACCACAAUUUAUUUUGUUUGUUUUUAAUGAUAACAUAUUUCUCAAAAUUAUGAAUUUGUAUCCUUAUAUACACAGGCAAUUUGCUGAAAUCUAGGGUAAAAAUCGACAUCUAAGGCAAUGUUUAUCUCUGCUUGUGAGAGCCGUGAUAUAUAUAUAUAUAUAUAA